GCGACUUUCCUUUUCUACCUUUUCCUGGCUCCUCUACUCUCUACUCUCGUCUCUCUACUAUCACAUGAUGGUGGAAAGGGAGUAGAUGAAUAGAAGCAAUAGCAACUGCCGUUAGCUUUUUGGUACUUUAGUAUCUUUCUCUCUGUUUGGAAUCUUAUAGAUUCUGAGCGACCCUCGAAACGCAAAGAUUAUUUUGGUAAAACCUCGAAAGAGUUAAGAAGCUCCUUCUUGGAUCUCCACCUUGCCCUGCAUCCCCAGAUUUUGUUUCCACAGGUGGAUUUUAUGUUUUGUUUUAAUGGUUAUCCUUAUGAACCCCUCGGAAGACGUUUUCCACUAAUUUUAACUGACUUGCGGUUCGCCUUGAGAGCACCGUUUAAAUUACGGGAGAGGAAGUUAAAUUCUCUGUUUCUGUCUCUCUUGCUUCGCAUCCUAUUGAGCUCUCGGCAAAAGAAGGUUUAGCGAAUGAAUUUUUGGGUUUUGUAGCAUUAACAUGCCUUCUUUAAGGGAUUUUUGGAGAAGGCAUAAGAGGAAGGUUUUUGCUACAUUGGGAAUUUUGGGAAGUGGGUAUGCUCUGUAUAAGCUUUAUGAUGCCCACAGGCAGAGGCUUUAUGAUUUGGAGAGAGAACUUGAAGGCCAGAGGGAAACUGAAGAACUUAUUAAGGCUCAACUCCAAGCCCAUUUUGAAAACAUUCAAAAGAUAGCUGACUCGACCACAUUGCCUUAUGCAAUGCACUUUUUACGGAGUCGGAUAUCAGAGGAGCUGGACAUUUCUCCCUUGACGGGGAGACUACUGCAAGGGAAGGGUCAUCCUAAUACUCUGACAUCUUUGGAGAAGCUAGAGCUAUGGGAAAGACUUAAAGUUCUAAGUUUCACGAUAAUGGUGUUGUCACUGUGGACAAUGACAAUGCUUAACUUGUAUGUAAGAGUUCAAGUGAACAUCUUAGGGAGACAUCUAUAUAUUGAUACAGCACGAAAUCAGGAUCUGGGGUAUGCUUAUCUACCGGAAGAGGUGGAUCCAUUCAACAGGCAUGGUCAGCAAGAAUUUUUGGCAAGUUCUGAUUAUCUCUCAAGUUAUAGAUUGAACAAAGUGAUUGUAAAUAUGCAGAUGGCUGCUGUAGAUGUUCUUAAAGGGAAGCAGCUGAGAGAUCCCUUCAACACUAUGCUACUUCAUGAUACCAUCAUACAGAUACUGGACAUGUUCAUGAGCAUGAAUGGCCCUAAUCACUGGGUAACCUAUUUGGUUCCUGAAAAUGCCAUAUCAUACAAUCAUCAAAGAGCUACAUCCCCCAAUGAUCUGCUUCCUGAUCUUACCAAGCUUGACCAACUAAUGGCAGAGACACGUGCUGUAUUAUUGAGCUCUGAUUUUGGAAACGUUGUGAAGAUUUCACUGAGUGCAGUGGUGGAUGCUCUGAUGGAGGAAAUCGGAGUUGAGUCCAGCGGGGGCAGUUCUCCAUCAGGAAUUCCACUGGCCAAGCUUUUGCCACGAGUUGCACAGAUGGGCCCACUACUACUUGAGGAACCUAGCAGUAAUAGGUUCAUUCAGAUCAUCCGGAAAUUACCUGAAGUUGAACUCUUCUAUACUAUUCUCUAUGCAAAUACACCAUCCUUGUAGACUAUGAAAAACAAGAUGUCGAAAGAACAAAUGAAGUUAAAGAAACAUAGGGUGUGGUUUCAUGUCAAUUUUUAAUUUUAUUAUAAUUUGGACAAUUUUGUUGAAUUGGGUUGAGGUGGGGGAGAUACAUAAGAAGAAAACUACAGAUUAUUCUGUGACAGCAUUGUCAUUUCGUUCUCAAUUUUUCUGCAAUCAAUGAGCUUUUCAUUC